AGUCACAGAUAACAACACUUGAGAGAGUUAUAAGAAAGAGCUCUCUCUCUCUCUCUCUCUCUCUCUUCCUCUCAGCAUCAUCAUCACCACCAAAUCGCCGCCAUGUUCAGACAAGCUUCUCGCCUCGUCUCCCGAUCUAUCACCGCCAAAUCGGCGACAAACCGUGCGUUUUCAACGGAAGUCCCGUCGACGAUCGAUUCGAGUUUCGUGGAGGCAUGGAAGAAAGUCGCACCGAACAUGGACCCGCCGCAGACUCCUUCUUCCUUCAUGAAGCCUCGUCCAUCGACUGCUUCCUCGAUUCCGACGAAGCUCACCGUCAAUUUCGUCCUCCCUUACGCAUCUGAGCUUUCCGGGAAAGAGGUCGACAUGGUCAUCAUUCCCGCGACAACAGGACAAAUGGGUGUUUUGCCUGGACACGUUCCAACAAUCGCUGAGCUCAAACCCGGUAUCAUGUCCGUCCACGAAGGUACUGACAUCAAGAAAUACUUUGUGAGCAGUGGAUUCGCAUUUCUCCACGCAAAUUCCGUUGCUGACAUUAUCGCAGUUGAGGCCGUGCCGCUUGAGAACAUCGACGCAAGCCAAGUCCAAAAGGGUUUAGCUGAGUUUACACAGAAACUUGCUUCUGCCACAACAGAUCUUGAGAAAGCAGAAGCACAGAUUGGUGUCGAAGUUCACAGUGCUAUGAACGCAGCUCUCUCGGGCUGAUGAUGAGUGAAAGUCUCUUUUUUACUACUACAAAUGAUGGAAUAAAUUAGAAAAUGAUUUUAUUUUUCCUUGUCGUAAUUGUGUUGGACUUUUUGGAAUAAAUGAUUUUGUUGAAGGCACAAACCAACAGAAAGUUAUUAUUCUUCUCGACU